CACAGGCAGGAGUCAGUGUAAGAUUACCUGCGCUCCAAAGAUGUCAUUUGAGAUAAUGAUGAAAUGUCAGAAAGAGAAUUCAAUCUGACAAUGUUUGAGGUGAUUGAUGUGCUAACUGGAGUUGUACCAGCACUUACUGGUAUCUUGAUGAUGAACUGCAUUUGUUUUCGUUUGUAUGGCAUUCGAUAUCUGAAUCUACUAUUUGACACUAGAUUACUGAGUUUCGGUACAACUGAUGACAGGGAGAUCGUACGCAAAAACAUAAAGAAAUCCAAUAUGUUCAUAUUCAUUUACAUGGGUCCCGUGUAUUCGAAUCUUGUUUUCUGGUUGAUCCGUCCUCUCUUGAGCAAUGACAAGAGCAUUUUCAACACCAUUAAAAAUGGAACUGAAAUAAUAUACAAAAUAGUUGAUUGUCGUUAUCCAUUUGAUAACACAGUUUCACCAACUUAUUAUUACAUCUCUUUCUACGAAAUCUUCGGUGUGUAUCAAAUCAUUACUCUGAUGCUUGUCACUGACAUCAUGUUUGGAUCAAUGAUCUUAGUUUUCUGUGGUCAUCUGGAAGUUCUCAAGUUCAAUAUUGACAAGCUCAAGAUGGAUAAAGUACAAAUAAAUCAUGAUGGCCAUGGAAAUUCCAAGUUAGAGAUGGAAAGAAACUUGAAAUCUGUUAUCAAGAAUCAUCAGAAAUUGAUAAGGUAA